AUGCAAGCAAGCAAGGUUGGAGAUGGGCAUCCGAUCGAAGAGUCAGAGUCAUGUGCAGACUCAAAACACAUGUCUGCCCCGGAUAUUGAGCGAAUAAAGCCGCCGUUCCUGCCAUGGAUUCCUGCAUAUCUGGCUGGAACAGUUUGCACAGGAUUGCUUACGUAUGUGUUUCAUACGCAUAUAGCAUCUAAAAUACCUCUUGAUAGCUAUCCAGACCUCUCUGCGGUGAUUUCGAGGUUUAUCUUUUGUGCUCUGUUUGGAAGCAUGGUGUUUUAUCUUAUUAGGCUUGUGCUGGCGUGUCUUGCAAUGGCAAUGAAGAGGUCCGAUCCAAAACGAGAAUUCAUGCAAAUAACACUCAUAAAACACGGAAUGUUCAUGAGCUUUGUGGCAACCCUGUUUGUGCUUUCGUUUGUUGUAGAUGCAUACAACAAGAGGAUAAACGCAACUACACUUCUAAAUGUAUCCAGCGAUGCUGUACCUUUGCUCAAGGAAAUCGUAGGCAUAAGCGUAGAAGACAACGAGCUGAAACAGACGCUCAUAUCUGAAGAGAAAGCAAAUGGCGAUCAGAAAUCUCCAAAGACACUGACAAUGUUUAUUACUGAUGACUUGGCAAAAAUUUUACUUGCAAGCUCGGCAUUCCUUGCCGUUCUUCUUGCUAAGGAAAUCCUGAUGAAUGGCCUGAAGUACAAGAUGCUGUUCAAAAACUACGAGAUCAGGAUCAGUAAGAAUGAUGAGGACAUAAAAAUCUUGGAGCAGCUGAAUAGAGCAACAGGCAAGCAGAUGAUUAAAGAUGCUGAAGAGUGGGCAGAUGAGAUCUUCAAGCUGAUUUAUCCAGAAAGCAACGCGGUGGAUCUGCAGACACUCGAGUACUUCUUUGGCACCGACGAUGCAAAGACAAUAUUUAACAGGUUCAGCAUCUAUCCACAUGGAAAACUGACAAGGGAGAGCUUUUCCCUGGUGUACCAAGGAAUCAUCAACGAGGAGAAGAGAAUAAGCCGGGGAAUAAUACAGAAGGCUUCGAUAAUUAAGAAGCUGAAUCUUGUGCUAUCUGCAAUACUCAUACCUGUUGGCAUGCUGGCUGCGAUGACAAUCCUGGAAAAUACAAAUUCAUUGGCCAGAUCGCUUCCUGUGCAGUUCAGCACCGUUAUUUCGCUCAACUUUAUCUUUGCACCUAUAAUUGCUGAUAUGUUCAAGUCGCUUGUCUUUGUGUUUCUUGUUGAGGUAUUUGAUAUUGGAGACAAGGUGUUCAUAGAGGGUGUCUUGCAUGAGGUGCACGACAUGGGCUUGCUGUACACUUCGUUUGUUGUGGACAAGAAGAUCACUGUGAUUCCAAACUCAAAGUUCAUGGACAAGACCAUUGUGAAUCUCAGAGAGGCCAAGACGUCCCAGAAGACGUUUGAGUUUACAUUCAUGAACUCACCCGAUCUCAAGGAAAAGAUAAUCAAGCUGAAGGAUGAAAUCAAGAAGGAGGUUGAGUCGGAUUCAAAUGCAUACACGGGCAAGUUUAAUAUCUGUGAAUAUGCUCUCAAGAAAAGCCUGACUAUUGGAAUGAAGAUAAAUGUUGUCUUCAGGGUCCAGAACCAGAACAUCAAGGCAUUAAGGGCAAGGGAAGAUGCAUUCGUAAUAGCACUUUAUGGAAUAGUUGGAAGCAUUGGGCUUCUACUUGAGUAG